UUCCAGGGCCAGCCUCUUGCCGGCUCUUGUUAAUUAAACCCACGGAAGCGGCUCACGGUUGUCGCGGCGCCAUUGGCAGGAGCGGAGUUAGGGUUCUAACGCUCAAUUUCACUCUCGAUGCAAAUUGGUAUUUGAUAAAGUAUCGUGAACUCAAUUUCCGUUGAUUCGAAGUUUUAAGCUUUAAUGGCUUUAGAAGCUCCGUUGCUAAAGAUCUCACGUUUGCCUGCUUCUGCAGCGGGAUUUUUAGAUGGAGAGCGCCUCAACCCUAUCCGCUUCCCUAGGGUUUGAUCAUUCCCAGGAAGACGAGGUAGAGCCCGUGAUCCAAAUCCAGUCCGAGCAGCCCCAUAUGGACGAGCAGGACAUCUCAAUUUUAUCCCUGGUCUCCGUCCCGCUACAAGGUGGAAGCGGUGGGGAAAGUUCCCGUGUGGAGCACCCAGGUUCUGAAUGUAUCGAUGACUUCCUCACCGGAAGCGAUCAGUUGGAGCCGAGGCUUGGGAUGGAGUUUGACUCUUCGGAUGACGCUCGGGCCUUCUAUUCGGCCUAUGCCGAGCGCGUCGGCUUCCGGGUUCGCAACAGCAAGUCUUUCACCUCCAGGGUGGAUGACACAGUGAUCAUGCGCCGGUUUGUAUGCUCGAAACAAGGGCGGCCGACCAAGAAGGAUCCCUUCGACCUCACCAAGAAGCGUCGCAAUCGAAUCUCCUCUCGUGAGGGUUGCAAGGCCAUGCUUCAGGUCAAUCGCCGAGAGAAUGGCCAGUGGGUGGUAUCCCGGUGUGUGCUUGAGCACUGCCAUCCCCUUGGGAUUGUUCCGAAGCAGUUUCCUUCUCUCCAGAAGAAGCUGGCUAAGAAGCCCUGGGAGCUCAUUCCAAGUAGUGUUUCAGAGGCGCAGCAGAAUGGGCUUGGAGUUGGUGGUGGAGUGGCCCAGAGCUUGUUGGAGUAUUUCAAAAGGAUGCAGACUGAUAAUCCAGCAUUCUUCUAUGCAGUCCAAGUUGAUCAGAAUAAUUGUUUGGCAAAUGUGUUUUGGGCCGAUGCUAGGGCUAGAAUGGCGUAUGGCUACUUCGGUGAUGCUGUUGUUUUUGAUAUGACCUGUAAGAAGAAUAAGCGAAUGGUGCCUUUCGCUGCUUUCUCAGGAAUGAAUCAUCACAGGCAACUUAUUGUGUUUGGUUGUGCUUUCAUGACUGAUGAGAAUGAAGCUUCAUUUAUCUGGCUAUUUGAGACAUGGCUUUCUUUGAUGAGCGGACGGUAUCCAGUUUCUUUUGUCACCCCAUUUAAUGAGGUAAUUGGAUCGGCUUCUGCAAAGGUUUUCCCUAACGUCCAACACCGUUUUUGCCAAAGGGACAUAUUUCGAAAAUGCAAGGAGAAACUUCCAGAUGUUUAUUCAGAGUAUGCUUCAUUCAAGAAUGAGUUUAAGAAAUGCGUGAAUGAAUCUGAAAGCAGUGGAGAAUUUGAGUUGUCUUGGAGGUUGCUCCUCGAUAAAUAUGGGUUGGAGGGAAACAUGUGGUUAAAAUCCCUUUAUAAUGUACGCCAAAGGUGGGUUCCAGUGUAUAUCAGAGGUACUUUUUAUGCUGAGAUGCCUGGCAGCGCCUUGAAAUCUGAAAGAAUGCACAAUUUCUUCCAAAGGAACUCCCUUACAACAACUACAUUGCGGGAUCUAGUGUCUCAGUUUGAUAAAGCCAUGGCAGGCCAGUGUGAGAAGGAAAUACAUGCUGAUUUUGCUAUGAUUCAUUCAAAGCCUAUUAUGAAGACUCCAUCACCAAUGGAGAAGCAAGCAUCUGAAAUAUAUACCAGAGUGAUAUUUGACUUAUUUCAAGAAGAGCUUGUUGAGGCUUCUGGUUUUUUGAUGGAUAAAGUCGAGGAUGGAUUGAUUAGCAAGUUCCGUGUUACAAAAGUUGAUGAUACUAAUAGAGCAUACCUUGUCAUGUAUAAUGCUUCUGAAAAGACCAUAAAUUGCAGCUGCUCUAUGUAUGAAACUUCUGGUAUAUUAUGCAGACAUGUGUUUAGAGUUUUGAUGGUUCUUUGUGUUCUUACACUUCCAUCAGAGUACAUUUUGAGGAGGUGGACUAGGAAUGCUAAGAGUGCUAUUUUAUCCUAUGAAAAUUGUGCACAUGUUCCAAGCAACAGCUUUAGAGCAUUUAGUUUGCGGUUCAAUGACUUAUGUCGUGAUGCCAUUAGGUAUGCAGAAGAAGGGGCUACUUCUGCGGUGAUAUAUAAAGUUGCUAAGGAGGCAUUUCAGAAUGCUUUCAAUGAAGUUUUCAGUGCAAAAAAAGGCUCAUUUUUCAACAAAGCCAAGUAAUAUAUAUAUACUUAUGUAUAUAUUUUGUUUCAAAGGCAUUGAUUUUAUUGUUUCAUUUCCAACUCCGACCAUGGCAAUAAACAACUCAGGUAAUCUGGGUGUAGCUCCUGAUACUGAAAGUAGUUUUCAUCCAUUCCUGAAUCUUGAUAUUUGAUGCUAAUAUCUGAAUACAACAUGCACACUAAACAUUUGUUCCCCUGGAAACUAUGUCGAACAUCUGGAGAGUU